AUGGCUGGGUCAUAUGGUCAGGAAUAUCCUGCUAUAGUAGAAUUUGCACCUUUUCAAAAAGCUGCAAAAAAGAAGACUAAGAAAAGAGAUACCAAAGUCGGGACUAUCGAUGAUGAUCCAGAAUAUAGAAAGUUUUUGGAAAGUUAUGCCACAGAUAAUGAGAAAAUGACAUCUACUCCAGAGACACUGCUAGAGGAAAUAGAAGCAAAAAAUAGAGAAUUAAUAGCUAAAAAGACAACCCCACUUUUGAGCUUCCUGAAAAACAAGCAGAGAAUGAGAGAAGAAAAGAGAGAAGAAAGAAGGAGGAGAGAAAUAGAAAGAAAAAGACAAAGAGAAGAAGAGAGGAGGAAAUGGAAAGAAGAGGAGAAACGAAAAAGGAAAGAUAUAGAAAAGUUAAAGAAGAUAGACAGAAUUCCAGAAAGGGAAAAAUUAAAGGAUGAACCAAAGAUUAAGGUACACAGGUUUCUGUUACAAGCUGUGAAUCAGAAAAAUCUGCUCAAGAAGCCAGAAAAAGGAGAUGAAAAAGAAUUGGACAAAAGAGAAAAAGCCAAGAAAUUGGACAAAGAGAAUCUCAGUGAUGAAAGAGCCAGUGGGCAAAGUUGUACAUUGCCCAAGCGUUCUGAUAGUGAACUUAAAGAUGAAAAACCAAAGAGACCUGAAGAUGAGAGUGGUAGAGACUACAGGGAGAGGGAACGGGAAUAUGAACGAGAUCAGGAGCGCAUUCUUCGAGAAAGAGAGAGGCUGAAGCGGCAAGAAGAAGAGCGCCGUAGGCAGAAGGAGCGCUAUGAGAAAGAGAAGACUUUUAAGAGAAAAGAAGAAGAAAUGAAAAAAGAGAAAGACACACUUCGGGAUAAAGGAAAGAAGGCUGAAAGUACAGAAUCAAUAGGCAGCUUAGAAAAAACUGAAAAGAAAGAAGAAGUGGUCAAGAGAGAUCGAAUAAGAAACAAGGAUCAUCCAGGGAUGCAGCUUUACCAUCCAGGAGCUCGAAGCCGACGUCGAUUCUGGUGCCCUGAUGGCAGCACCAAGUCUGGAGAUUCAGCAGCAGAAAGGAAGCAGGAAAGUGAUAUUAACCAUAGAAAAGAAGGAGGAGAGGAGUGAUAAGUCCAGAUGGCCUUAGGUGUCCUGACUGUCUAGGCAGCCAAAGAGCACACGUUAAGCAACCCAGAAGUGCCUUCAGGGCAAAGAAUAGAGAGAAAGGGGGUUGCUGUGCUGGUGAGGUACACUGCAGAGGAGUACGUUUUACGUCAAAGCAGGAAUCUGAUCAGAGGUUUGAAUUGGAAGUACAAUUUCAUUGCUUUUGCAAUUUCUACAAAUUAAUUUUAGUCUCAGAAAAAGCUAAUGGCGAGGACAUGCAUUGCAGUUUGCAGGGGGAAAUGUCAAGUGAGGACUUCAUCACAUAUGACACGAGAGAAAAGUAAGAGCUGGUUCUAAAAUCAAAAGCUGUUGUUCAUCC